AUGAUACGAAUAAUUCCUAUUGCAUUAGAUGUGUCCGCUUUUGCUGCCACCUCUUUUCCCACCACUCUGAUCCCCAUCACCCAAAAUGGGUUGCCUGCUGAGAUCCAGCAUGGUUUCCAGAGUUCUCAGAGAGUGUUAGCUACCCCCAUGCGCUUGUGCUCCCUUCUGUAUGGCCACUUCAGUCAGGCUUCCUGGACCCAAGAAAACCUGUGUCUCCAGGGUAGCAUGAUCGAUCCUGAAUCUUUGCAGGAGGAUGCAUUAUCUUUAGUGCUCCUCAUGAUCCUCAAAUAUGAGAAACAUGAGGUGGUUACCAGGGCAGAAAUGAUGACCUGCAUCCUCAGAAGCCACUGUGCUUAUUUUCCUGUCAUCUUUAGUAGAGCGGUUGAUUGUAUGCAGCUGGUAUUUGGCAUUGAUGUGAAGGAAGUGGAGCCCAACAGCCACUCCUACAUCCUUGUCAUUACCCUGGGGCUCACCUAUGAUGGCAUGCUUAGUGAUGUCCAAGGCAUGCCAAAGACUGGCCUCCUGAUAGUCAUCCUGGCCAUCAUAUUUAUGGAGGGCAACCACGCUCCUGAAUCUGCAGUCUGGGAUAUUCUUUGUAAAAUGGGUGUGUGUGUUCAGCAGAAGCAUGACAUCUAUGGAGAUCCCAGAAAGUUAAUAACAGUAGAUUUUGUGCAGGAGCAGUACCUAGAGUACCAGCAGGUGCCCAACAGUUUUCCUGCCCGCUUUGAGUUCCUAUGGGGCCCAAGAGCCCAUGCUGAAACAACCAAAGUUAAAGUCUUGGAGCACUGGGCUAAGUUUACUGGGUGUGAUCCCAGAUGCUUUCCAUUCUUAUAUGAAGAGGCUUUGAGAGAUGACCAGCAGAGCACUCACACAUGAGUAGUAGUCACAGACGUAUUGUGGUGGGAGGCUCAUUAGUUUCCAAUAGCAGCUCCUGCUCCAUGUUACAUGAAACCAUUUUUUUACUUUGUAUUUAAAAAGUGAGAGCCUUCUUAGUAGAGCCCAGGACCUGUUGAGGGGAAAGUGCUGCGUACAAUUAUGUCAUUCUGUUGUAUUUGUGUGACUCUCCCUUUCAAUUGAAUGUUUAUCUAACUUCAGAAUGGAAAAUUGUAAAUGACAAUAGUCACAUCUAUUUGCUGUUAAUAUAAUUUAGGAGUGAAUCUUCCUAAUUUUUCAGCCAGUUGCCAAAACAGAAGACUUCAACAUUAUAUAAAGAAAUGGAUAAAUGAAAUGUUAAUUCUUGACUUCUUCAAUUGUCUUUCCUGUGAUAUUAAAAGAUAUGUAUGUU